ACGAUCAAAACAGCUCAAUACUCUUCGCUACCGGCUCUCUGCUUUUAAUAAUCGCUCUAAUUUAGUACACUUUACUAAGUGUUCCAGCAAGUUGUUGCGGGUGACAUACUUUUUAAAAACGCUAUAAUAUUUUGAAAAAGUGUUAUCAUGAUGACAGUGCCUUUGUUUUUAUUGACGAGAAGGUAGCAAUACAGCAACAGCGAUCAUGAAUAAAGUGGCAGAUAUUUUAGGUGCCAUGCAGUUCAUGGGAAGCGAUCGACUGGGUGCCAUUGUCUUGUGCUGUAGUGAUCCUUAACAUCCCGAACUCACCUGUGGAUUUUACUGUGGUGUUUUAAACUGUUUUACGCGAUGGAAAGCGUCGGAAAAUUCGAGUUUAACAGGAAAGACUUGAUCGGACACGGCGCUUUUGCGGUGGUGUUCAGAGGAAGACAUAAAGAGAAACAUGAUUUUGAAGUCGCGGUGAAGUGCAUCAGUAAGAAAAAUCUUGCUAAAUCGCAGUCGAUCUUAGGAAAGGAGAUCAAGAUAUUAAAGGAGCUGAAACACGACAACAUCGUCAGUUUACUGGACUUUCAGGAGAUUUCGGGAUGUGUCUAUCUUGUCAUGGAGUACUGCAAUGGAGGAGACCUAGCAGAGUAUUUACACUCUGAAGGCUCUUUGAGUGAAGAUAUGAUCCGUGUGUUACUGCAGCAGAUUGCGGGAGCCAUGAGUGUUUUAAGGAGUAAAGGCAUCAUCCACCGUGACCUGAAACCCCAAAACAUUCUCCUUUCCUACAGCACAAGUCACAAGUCCAACCCCAACAACAUCUGCAUCAAACUGGCUGAUUUUGGCUUUGCCCGGUAUCUGCAGGGCAACACAAUGGCUGCCACGCUCUGUGGCUCUCCAAUGUAUAUGGCUCCUGAGGUCAUCAUGUCACAGAAUUACGAUGCCAAAGCUGACCUGUGGAGUGUAGGGACCAUUAUCUACCAGUGCUUGACUGGCAAAGCCCCUUUUCAGGCAAGUACUCCCCAGGAACUGCGGCAGUUCUAUGAAAGAAACCGGAGCCUGAGUCCCUGUAUCCCACGGGAAACCUCCAGUCACCUACGGCAUCUGCUGCUUGGGUUGCUGCAGAGGAACCACAGGCAACGCAUGGACUUUAAUGAGUUUUUCCACCACCCCUUCCUGGAGGCUGGUACAUCCAUGAAGAAAUCCUCUCCGGUGCCCAUACCCACCUAUCCCAGCUCCGGCUCUGGGAGUUCCAGCAGUGGUUCCUCAACCUCUCACCUUACUCCUACUCGGUCUGACUCUGAAACUCUGAGGCCCCUCCCCCAAACUAACACCACAGCAUCUUCAGGUUCCCUGCUGAAAGACUCAUCUUCUUCUGAGUCUGAUGACUUUGUAAUGGUGCCUGCUCAGUUCACCAGUGAACUGGUGAAUGUAGGAGGCCAGGACAGUGUGAUAAGUAGCGUGCGUGGGGAGUGCUGUGGCAGUAGGUAUGGUCAGUCUAUGCCAGUUCCAGUGCCUUCACAAAAACACAACUACCAAAGAAUGGAGCAGAACCUACAAGUGUGUGACAGGCCUGUACAUCACUACUGCACAAGUGGAUUUACAGCAUGUGGGAGAAUCGGAGCUUCACCUGAAACGGGAAGGGGUUUGUCUCAUCGUAGACACUCCACUGGAAGAUCCGGACCGUAUUUACCCUCUCCACAGGUAGGAACUGUUCCUGAAACACUCAAUCAGCCUGAACCUACUGGCAGUAGGACGGGGUCACAAGCCACUGAUGUGUGUCAUCGGCAGUUCUCUCCUCUCUUCACUGAUCUUACAGCCAUAGAAACAACCCUGACCUACAAACACAAGAGCAAUCGACACAGUCCAGAGUCAAUAGUGCACAGAUGGGAUUUGUAUCGGCGGCCCAGUACUGGUCAAGCUCCAUGUGUGGCACCUGUUCAGCGAGGCCUGACCGCCCGAACCAAGACCCUGUCUGACCUGAAGGAGUUGACACAAAGUCCAGCCACCGGGCCCUGCGUGCCACUUUUCAAGCCUUUGGAAAGAAGAGACACAGUCAAAAGGUCAUUAACUACCGGUCGUCUCUCAGAUAAGCUGCUGAAGGGAGCUUUUGGACCUCAGCUAGAUGGAGGCAGCUGUGAGAGCUUAUAUUGUGAGAAACCCAUGGACACAAUAGCUCCCCCGUUUGGCAAUGAUGGCACAGAACAGGGUUCAGUCAGUCCUGGAGUUGUCUUCACGAUGGGCACUCCUGAAUAUAUACACACACCUCCUCAUACAGCACGAAUAAGACGCUUCUCAGUGGGCACUUCCAGUCCAACAAGCCCUGGCUGGACCUACAGUAACUUGCAUGAGGCAUAUGGCUCACCUGACAGCCUGCACUAUGGUUACACAGAUGCCAUGGCAACAAACCUGUGGGGGGGUGUGGCCUUCGUACCCCCUGAACUACCAGAGGAGACACUUAUGGAGGAGGGACAUACAGACUUGUUGAGCCAACUGCGCUUCAUUCUAGCCUUUACCCACGGCAUCACUGAGGUCGCUGGAACAAAGGAUAUUGGGGUUGAGAGGAAUCUGGCAGUUGAUGCUUCAUUCUUAGAGCAGAGUGUUGUGGCUGACCAGAUCAGCCAGCUGAGCCGUGAGUGGAGCUCUGCAGAGCAGCUGGUCCUCUAUAUGAAGUGUGCUGAGCUGCUGUCAUCUGCUUUACAUACAGCGAAGGGCGGGAUUAAUGAAGGCAAACUUUACCCUUCAGGAUCUGUCAAACAAGUGGUAUGCAAGCUGAACGAGCUAUAUAAGGAAUGUGUGAGCUCUUGCCGCUCUCUCACCGAGAAACUACAGCUCUUCUUCAGCAGCAAACAAAGACUGAUGGACCGCAUGAACAGCAUUACUGCUGAAAGUCUCAUUUACACGCACACCAUUCACAUGGUACAGACUGCAGCACUGGAUGAAAUGUUUCAUCAUGGAGAAACCUCUGUAGAGCGUUACCAUAAGGCUUUACUACUGAUGGAGGGACUGUCCCUGAUCAUUAGAGAAACUGCAGAUCUGAAAAAUAUCAACAAAUGUAAGCAGCGUAUUGAGCAACAUCUCUCCUCCCUCCAGCCCAGAGCAAGUGUGUGAUCAGUUUUGUAUGAACAUUUGUUUUGCUCUGCAUUCGAAUUGCCAUUCGAAUUUCCAUAAAGGGAAAGAAUGUGAGAAAAGUCUUUUUCAAACUAGACAGGAAUUAAAUCUCUAUUGGUAUAUGUAUGAUCCUUAUAUGUAUGAUUAUAUAUGAACAUAUUUAAUUUCGUGAAGUAUCUGAGAAACUACAUUGGCUGACUUAAACAACUAUAUAUUCAGAAGUCAAAAAGAAACAAGACAUCAUUCGUUCAAUAGAUGUCAAAUGUGUAGGCAAAUCAACCAUCAAUGACAUUACUUUUUGUACUAUAGCAGUAAAGCCAGUGUUGUGGGCUGAAUGAGCAAAAGCUUGGAUCCUCUUUAUUAAAUUGUACUAAAACAUGCUUAGAAUGUUAGUCUCAUGAAGUAACAUGGAUUUAUCCAGUUUUUAAAGGACUUUGCCUGUAUGUUUUUGCAUGAUUCUGACGAAAUGAUAUGGAAAUGUUAUCUACUGUAUCUGAAGGGAAUACAUAACAUCAGCUGGUGGUAGACGGUUAGUUUGUCAGUGUUACACUACAGAGGUACAGUUCUAAUGUGGCAAUUGACCAAAACUGUGGCAAAACCUUUGUUGACCUACUGAUUAAGACUGCUUCAUAUGUCGUCAUAUGAAGGUGAGAGAAAUAAUUGAGAUUUGUAUUAUAUGAGCUAUUAUACUGUUAUUCAUGUGUAUGUAAAGCAGUGAAGCACUUUAUAAACCUAAUUGCCUUUUGGAUUCCUGAAAGAAACCACUGAGGAGGAGACCAACCUGCAGUGUAAAAGCUAAUUUCUGUCUAAUUAGCCUCGGCUUAGUCAAAGGAAAUGCAAUAAGACAAUAGUCAAUAUCUUGUACGUAGCAUUUUGUAUUUAUUGUAAUCUGUUUUAGAUGUGUCUGGCGUGUAAAUAUGUAUUCAGUCGAUGAGUGCAAGUGAUGUUUUAGUUUUCAGUUUGCUCCUGAACACUGCUCAAAAGUAACAGUUUAAAGGUAAAGCUUUAAACUUCUAGGUGUUCAUCUUUUGCAAGUACAAGGCUUUUGCACAUUUUGUUUGUAGUGAUUUGAUUGGCCUUCUUAGCUGAAUAGCUUGUGACUUAUACUUUUCAAAUGUUUUGAAAGGUUUGUUCAUUACUUGCACUAUUGUUGCAUCACCAAGAUGUCUACCAAACCUUUUAGGAUGAUGAUAACUCUUUAAAGGAUCUUGUUUUACUUUUUCCUUAUCUGAUGGUAACAAGGUUUUCUUAUCACAGUGUUUUAAGGCAUUUAGUCUGAAUUGCGUACGGUAGAAUAAACUUGAAUAAACUUUGAUGAAUGCACAGCAAACUCUAUGAAAUUAAUAGUGAUGUUAAAUUUAGGCAAAUUAACCAUUUUGUAUGUUGUUACAAUAUUUAUGAUGUGUUUUCUGAUAUUUUUGUAUUUUUAUUUCCCAUUCAGAGCAGCCAAAAUCAGGAAGCAUGUAUGUGAUAUGGGUGUGUGUAGUUGAAAUAAAUUUCACAAAUUUGUA